AUGAGUCGUCCCCUGUCAGUUCUGGACAACACAACACCUGAGUCUUCCAAUGUUUGGAUGACAUCUUUGAAUGACAAAUACAAAGCCAGACCUGAAACUCCAGAGUAUGAGGAGAUGUGCAUGGCAGACUUUGCUGCUACUUGCAGGAUUGUCUAUGGCCAACAAACAAAAGGUACUGACCAUCUUGAAUACGUGCAACACAUUGUCAAAAGAAACAGAGAAAAAUAUGAGAAAAACAGUGAGGAGAUCGAGAGCGCUGUUGAGGAAUAUGAGCAGAACAGAGGACUUGGCAAUCAGCUGGAUGAAGUCAGAUCAGAACUUUUGAAUGCUGAAAUAAUCGUCAUUGACGAAGUGUCUAUGGUGUCAAGACAUCUCUUUGCAUAUGUAGAUGCAAGACUCAAACAGAUCAAAGGGAGUCGGAGACCCUUUGGAGGCAUGUCAGUCAUUGCUGUUGGAGACUUCUAUCAGCUACCCCCAGUGCGACAGUCUAAACCUCUCUGUGUGCACGACCCGUCCGAGAUCGACCUGUGGCGGGAGCAUUUUCAGAUGAUCACUCUGACUGAGAUUAUGCGUCAGAAAGAUGAUGUUGUCUUUGCUGAGAUGCUGAACAGAAUUCGUGUGAAAGGAAAGUUGGAUGAGCUUUGCGAAGCAGAUAGAAAUUUGUUGUCACAGGCCAUAACUGAGCCAGCCCUUUGUCCGACUGAUGCGUUGCACAUUUUUGCAACUAACAAAGAAGUGGAUAAACACAACUCUGCAACACUGGCUCUGCUCCAUACUCAUAUCAUUGACAUCCAUGCAGAUGAUUAUAGAAAGGAUCCUAGAACUGGCAGAAUGGCACUUCAAGACAGACCAUUCAAAGGAGGUAAAAACGAUUUACCAGACACACUGAAAGUUGCAGAAGGAGCUCGUGUCAUGCUCACCAGAAACAUUGACAUACAAAGUGGUUUGGUUAAUGGAGCUUUUGGAAAACUACUUAGAGUAGUUUACUCUGAAAAUGACCAACACAUCAUCAAGCUUGGACUUCAAAUGGAUAAUGAGACAUCUGGAAAGAAUAACCGCACACCAGCAGACGACAUGGUGUACAUUGAGAGAGCAGAGGAGAAUCUAAAGCAGAAAGGAGUGGUACGAAGACAGUUCCCAGUAAAGCUGGCCUUUGCAUGUACAAUACAUAAGGUACAGGGUAUGACAACCACAUCAGCUGUUGUCUCUCUUAAGAGCAUUUUUGAGCCCGGCAUGGCCUACGUAGCUGUCAGUAGAGUGACGUCUCUCAAUGGACUCUAUCUUCUUGAUAUGGAGGAGAAAAAAAUAUUCACCAACCCAGAAAUCACUGCAGCGCUUGAGAACAUGAGACAAGCCAACCUUGAUGACAUGAUGCCUCUUCUACACGUGAGACAAACACUGAGCAGGUCAGACGUUUUCACCAUUGUUCAUCAUAACACAGAGGGACUGCCAGCUCACAUUAAUGACAUCAAGAGUCACCAUGAAUUGUGUCUAGCAGAUGUUUUGUGCCUAACAGAAACACACCUGCGGGGCUCUUUUGUCGCAGAGAAUCUCCACUUGGAAAAUUACAAUUUGUUCAAACGCAACAGACACCUGUCCUACACAAACUUACCCCAGAUGGCAAACAGAAGUGGUGGUGGAGUUGCUGUUUAUGUGAAAAGUGACAUUCAAGUGCAUGAAAAACAGUACAUCCAUAAUGUAACUGACCUUGAAUUUCUGGCUUUAAAGGUUGAAGCACCAGUCAGUGCUCUGAUUGCAGUUGUAUACAGACCUCCAGACUACACUCUGAGGCCAUUCCUGAAAAACCUGGUGUUUCCCUCUGUGAUCCAUCCCCUUCAGAGCUGAGACACUCAGGACUGAACAGACUGCACAGUUUCUGUGACUGAGCCUCCAAAACACCUUCUUUGAAACCACACAUGAUAGAAGGGCAUUAUAUUUGCAGCAGCACUACUAAAGGUAUUCAGUUUAUUACAGGAUGUGUUUGUUUCUUAGGACCAGCUCUAAGUGCACACUACCUAACAUAUAGACCUUUCUGUUCAUUACAAACCAACUACUCUGGAUCAUAUGGCCAGUUGGCAGGAAUGUUGCUGCAGGAAAACAUCCCUGCAGAUCACCACCAUUGUCACACUGACUGUGCCUCCUCUGUGCAGUGUCAAGAUCCUCCUUAAAUGAGUGUUCCUCAGCUAUCCUGCUUCUGUGCUGCUUGCCACACAUCAAACACUGGCCGGAUGACAGGGAGGAUCCACUCUGAAGUCACUGGACAUGAUGAGCAUCAUCUGGGACUUUAUAGUUUCACAGAAACAUUGUGCUCUUUGAUUACAGGUUUUAAAUGGACAUAAUGACUGCCUCUCUCUGAUCAACAGGCUAAAGGAUUGUUUUCAUUGUUAGAGCUCUGUACAAUGUAUGCUUAUUUAAUAUUUCAUCACAGAGCAAACCUUUAUUUAUUUAUUUAACAUAUUUUUUAUUUUGUUUUAAUGUUGAAUUAACUGUGGGGAUUUUUUUAACUGGGCACUCGGGAUGUCAUAUGACCAGAAAUGUGGUAACUUCAAUUCUACAUUAUGUACAAAAAAUCUGCUAAGAACGAGACACAGACAAAAAACCCCAAGAGAACUCAAAUUCAUUCCAUGUAAUCCAAUCUAAAACAUUUUAAACUGCUGAACAGCAACACAAACAGUGUUAAAAACCAGUGUUAACAGAAUGAUUAUGAUGGGUUUGUACCAAAGUUUCAGGUCACAUGGCACACCUAGUGUGUAGUGUGGGGUAUCAGCUGGUAAGUAUAGGUUUUUUCAUAUUUGUGUCCUUAGAGUUCAGAUAGAUAAAGCCUUCUGUAUAAUAAUUAGUCAUAAACACAAGUCAGAGUCAGGGACUAACUAAAUUUGGGACUUUGUGUCUGAGCCCAGGUUAAAACAGUGUAAAAAAGCAUUUAGUGGCAUGGCUGAACAAUGCUGUAAACUAAUGAUACUUAUUUAUCAAUGUUCACAAAAUGAGCUAAUGUGUUUAUUUGAUUAUUUGUAUGUGUUAAACUGUGUCACCACCUUAGGCUUUCGUUUGAGUUUACUCAAAAAUCUCUAUACAGUUCUCUUUUACCACUGUGUGGACACUGUUUACAUUAAAACAUAAAAAAGAAUGAGUAAUAAAAAGAUGUGUAGACAGAUCAGUGGAUUAAGUAGACCGAUAGAAACAGCUGUUCAGCCAUGUUCUAAGAAACCAACACAAUUUAAAGGUUCAGGAUUGUGGUUUUAAAAGUUGAAUUUUCGUGUAUUUCAUAUGUUGCUUAUUAUUUUCAUUUAGUUAUUUAAUUUAGUUAUUUUUAUUUAUUCUACUGUGAAGUGUUUAACAAAAAAAAGCUACUUUAAUUUCAAUUUUAUUUGUUUAUUAUUUUGCAAUUUGUUCUUUAAGAAUGGAGUCUGUGCCAAAAACUAAAGUUGAACAGACACAUGACAGGAUCAGAUUAUUAACACCUUAAAACAUUCCAAACGUCUCUUUUUAAAAUGAUUUUUAUUCUAUUUUGAAAAAUAAAAAAAAACAUUUGUUGAACUAAUUUAAGUCCUUUUCAGAAAGAAGCUGUACAAUAUGACUUAAGAUUUUUAUGUUAUUUUCUAUGACAUACAAAACACAUUGAUGUAUGUAAUACCAUUAAACAUGAUAUACAUGUGUAUAUGUCUGAAAAACAUUAUGCUGUAUAUUAAAGCUUGUAUU